AUGGCCCAUAAAAGCCAAACUGGUGGAACUGAGAACAGUUCACUUUCCUCCAUCCUCUACUGUAAGAGUGAUUUAAAGGAAGGAUCCCUGCAGGGUGUGAAAGAACCCCUCAACGGGCAGGUGCUCAUGGUGCUCAGCAUGGACAACAACUGCUCAACCACCUCCUUUGAUACGGACCUUUAUGCAGAGAAACUCCAGGCCCUUGGGGUUCAGGUGGCAGCGGAUCAGUGGAGAAGGUUGAUCCAGGAUGCUGUUCUGAAGCCUGAAGUGAGACGGUACAUGUUCUACAACUCCAGGGCAUUCCAGAUAGCCAUUGCUGUGGUUUUCUAUAUGUCUCUCUGGACAAACAUUUACUCCACAGUCCAGCUGUGUUCCUUCGGACGCCACUGGGCGGCCAGUGUGCUGGUGACCCUGGCUGCUGUAGCAGUCACUGUCAUUGUGAUACUCAUUAUUGACCAUCGCCAAAGGAAGAUAAAUAUGAAUACAGAUAUGAGGCUGGCAGCUGUCAAUGAAAUCUUUAUCAGACACAGUUUAAUUCUGGGGAUUACAGAUGUCCUGGAUGGGCCACACAACAUCCUGCAACUGUGGUUUGUGCACUUCAGCCCAGAGCGCUGCCUUCAGUCCUUAUCAGCCCACAUCAUGGACCUGCAGAGGACACGGGAGCUGGCUUUGCGGCACAGCCUGGAUGAGCUCUGUGUGGUUAUGGAGGUGGUGGUUUCCCCUGACAUGGGCACGGAGGCGGAGGCUUCACAAGAGGAGUCCCCUCUGUUAUCCAGUGGGGUGAACCUAAGUAAAGAGCCUGUGACAUGCAACGAGCUGCUCCACCUCGUUUCUGAGGGCCCACCAGAGGUGAUGGCCCAGCAGCUCCUGGUGAUCUUCAGUGGAUGCUAUGUCCGACUCCUGGUGACCGGCCGGCUGCCCCGACCCGUAGCAGAGGGUCACCUGGAGCAGAGCAGCAUGCCCUGUCUCUGCCAGUUCAUCCAGAGCUCUGUGCUCAACACAUACCAGAGCUGGUUCAUGGCACAGUGA